UUUCGUGAAUGACUUCGUAGUGUUCGCGAGUGUUUGCGUGGUUUUUGUGGAAAUACUCUCUGAAAAUCCCCAAUUAAUUUCUCUACAAGAUAUCUUGAGCAGCUCAACAAGAUGAAUAUCACAUCUGCCGCCGGCAUUAUAUCGCUCCUGGAUGAGCCCAUGUUUGAGCUGAAGGUGUUCGCGCUGCAGAAACUCGACGUGAUUGUCGAUGAAUUCUGGCCAGAAAUCUCUGAGGCGAUUGAGAAGAUCGAAAUUCUGCACGAGGACAAGGGCUUUGGGCAGCAUGAUCUGGCUGCUCUGGUGGCCUCGAAGGUCUACUACCAUCUCGGCUCCUUCGAAGACGCGCUGACUUACGCCCUAGGCGCCGGCGGUCUGUUUGACGUGAACGCCCGGAAUGAGUAUGUGGACACGAUUGUGGCCAAGUGCAUCGACUUCUACAUCCAGCAGCGUGUGGCGCUCAUCGAGAACCCCACGGAGGCGAAGCCCAUCGACGCGCGCCUCGAGGCGAUUGUGAAUCGCAUGAUCCAGCGCUGCCUGGACGACGGCCAGUACCGCCAGGCGCUGGGCAUCGCCCUGGAGACGCGUCGCAUGGACAUCUUCCAGUCCUCCAUCAUGCAGUCCGAUGACAUUCCCGGCAUGCUCUCGUACGCCUUCCAGGUCGCCAUGAGUCUCAUCCAGAACCGCGCUUUCCGGAACACCGUUUUGCGCGCUCUGGUCGAGCUCUACCGCAAUCUCGGCGUGCCGGACUACGUAAGCAUGUGCCAGUGUCUCAUCUUCCUCGAAGAUCCCCUCGCAGUGGCAGAGAUUCUGGACAAACUGACUAAAGAAGGAGGUCAGAACGUGUUGAUGGCCUAUCAGAUCGCCUUUGAUCUGUAUGAAUCGGCGACACAGCAAUUCCUGGGCGAAGUGUUGCAGGCUCUGAAGACCACCGCGCCGAUCCCGAGCGCCUUGCCGUCGAAUUUCAAGCCGCAGGGACUGAAUCCGCCUAGUGGAGGCGCCGAGGAGAAGAACGACUCCCGCACGGAUGACGACGGCGAUGUGACGGUGGAGCGAAGCGUGGACAGCCUGAACGAGAGUGAGAAGGAACACCAGUCGAAUAUCGAGAAGCUAGUGAACAUCCUCUCGGGCGAGAUUUCCAUCGAUCUGCAGCUGCAAUUCCUGAUUCGCAGCAAUCACGCUGAUUUGCAAAUUCUGCGGGCGACCAAAGAGGCCGUCCGGGUGUCAAUUUGCCACACUGCGACGGUGAUUGCCAACGCUUUCAUGCACAGCGGCACAACAAGUGAUCAAUUCCUCAGAGAUAAUCUAGAGUGGUUGGCUCGUGCAACAAAUUGGGCCAAAUUAACGGCCACUGCUUCGCUUGGUGUUAUCCAUCGAGGUCAUGAGCAGGAAUCCUUGGCGCUAAUGCAGAGUUAUUUGCCGAAAGAGGCUGGUCCUAGUUCUGGAUACUCCGAAGGCGGCGGCUUGUAUGCCUUGGGCCUCAUUCAUGCGAAUCACGGAGAGAAUAUCAUUGAUUAUCUUCUGCAACAGCUGAAGGAUGCCAGGAAUGAGAAUGUUCGUCACGGAGGAUGUCUCGGCUUGGGAUUGGCGGCGAUGGGAACGCAUAGGCACGACGUGUACGAGCAAUUGAAAUUCAAUUUGUACCAGGACGACGCAAUUACCGGCGAAGCAGCAGGAAUUGCAAUGGGAAUGGUGAUGCUGGGAUCGAAGAAUGUUGCAGCCAUUGAAGACAUGGUGGCGUAUGCACAAGAAACACAACAUGAAAAAAUUCUGCGAGGAUUAGCUGUUGGCGUUGCCUUUACGAUGUAUGCGCGCCUGGAGGAGGCAGAUCCUCUUGUCACGAGCCUCUCAACAGAUAAGGAUCCAGUACUGCGUCGUUCCGGCAUGUACACCUUGGCGAUGGCAUAUUGUGGUACAGGAAGCAAUAAGGCGAUAAGGAAACUCCUACAUGUUGCUGUGUCAGACGUGAAUGAUGAUGUUCGGCGAGCUGCUGUAACGUCCAUAGGAUUCCUUCUCUUCCGCACACCGGAACAAUGCCCUUCUGUUGUGUCUCUCCUUGCGGAAUCUUACAAUCCCCAUGUGCGCUAUGGUGCGGCAAUGGCCCUUGGAAUUGCUUGUGCUGGAACUGGAUUGAGGGAGGCAAUUGCUCUGCUGGAGCCGAUGGUUAAAUUUGAUCCGGUUAACUUUGUGCGCCAAGGCGCUCUGAUUGCUUCAGCCAUGAUUUUGAUUCAACACACUGAUCAAACGUGCCCCAAGACGAGCUUCUUCCGUCAACUCUACGCGGAGGUGAUAACGAACAAGCACGAGGAUGUGAUGGCAAAGUACGGCGCCAUCCUAGCCCAGGGAAUCAUCGAUGCCGGCGGCCGGAAUGUUACGGUGAGCCUGCAAUCGCGCACGGGACACACGAAUCUGCAGGCCGUUGUGGGGAUGCUGGUGUUCACCAAUUACUGGUAUUGGUUCCCGCUGGCGCACUGUCUUUCGCUGGCCUUUAGCCCCACGUGCUUGAUUGCCCUGAACUCGGACUUGAAGAUGCCCAAAUUGGAGUUGAAGUCUGCGGCGCGUCCCUCGUUGUACGCCUAUCCGGCACCGCUGGAGGAGAAGAAGGCGGAGGAGCGAGAGAAGGUGGCCACCGCUGUGCUGUCAAUUGCAGCGCGACAGAAGCGCCGUGAGACGGCAGAUAAGAAAGAUGACGAGAAGAUGGAGGUGGACGAGGAUGUCCUGGCGGCCGGCAAGGAUGAGGAGAAAGUGACGAAAAUGGAGGAGGACAAACCGGCGAAGGAGGAAAAAGCCAAGGAGGAGAAGAAGGAGAAGCAGGAUAAGAAAUCCUCAGCAUCAUCCGGGGCACCUUCUGCCAAGAAGGACGAUUCAGCGGAAACGGAGUCGAAGGAGAAGGAGAAGGAGGCAACACGUGAAAAGAAGGAAGCUGAACCCAAUUUCGAAAUACUGCAAAAUCCAGCGAGGAUUCUUCGUCAGCAAUUGAAGGUUAUCAGUGUGGCCGAAGCGCAGAACUACGUGCCGCUGAAGGAUGUGACCAUUGGUGGAAUUAUCAUGAUGCAACACACUGCAAAGACCGAACAAGUUCUGGUUGAGCCCGUGGCUGCCUUUGGGCCGAAGAAUGAAGAGGUGAAAGAGCCUGAGGCACCAGAGCCGUUUGAAUACACGGAAGAUUAAAUGGGAAUCCCUUUGAGAGCGUGACUUAUGCUUCCGCCCUCAUUUUCUCUCGUCGUUUAUUGGCAAAAUCUGAUGUACUGAUUGAUAAAUCUGUGUGUAGCAUUAGUUUGUUCAGUGAAAUAUCUCUUGAAAUAAAUAAAAUGGUCCUCA